AUGGAAGGAUUGGUAACGAGUUUAUUAGUGGAAUUAAGAAUCGGUUUAACGAUAACACUCAACAGCAAUGGAGAACAACUCAUACAAUUCUGUGCACAUAAUGAACUACGCAUUAACAACACGUUUUAUCCCCAUAAACAACAGCAUAAGUAUACGUUCGAGAACACAAGAGGACAUAAAUCGAUUAUAGACUACAUUAUUACAAACAGAAAUAUUCAUCCCUCAAAAAUAUUAGAUGUCAGAACAUUAACCUCAGCAAACACAGGGACUAACCACCAUAUGGUGCUAGCCAUAAUGCGGAACUGCGUACAAAAGAAAACCCACAACAAACCGAAAGUGACAGAAAAGCUGAACAUAGAAAGCCUUAGUGAUGACACCACAAAAUACCUCUACCAGCAAAGACUAAGGAAGGCAAUAAAUGAAAACAAGAUCUUGAAAGAUGAUACCGUAGAACUAGCAUGGAAAAGAUUAAGUACUGAUAUAAGGACAGCUGCAGAAGAGGCAUUAGGCAAACGAAAGGUGAACCUAAACGGAAAGCCCAACACGAAACCAUGGUUCACACACGAAAUCAAAUCACCUGCGGAAGAAAAAAGAAAAUCAUAUCUUCAAUAUAUAAGUCAAACAAUUACAUAUGCUGAUUACAAAGUCGUGAGGAAUAAGACAAAUAUGGAAAUACAAACGAUUAAGAGACAAUUCUGGGAGAAAUACUCAUCAGACAUGGAAAACGACUUAUAUGGGGGACAGAAAAAGAUCUGGAAUAUGAUAAGGGACAUCAAAAGACCAAUCAAUGAAUAUAUCCACACGAAAACAAUAACAUUAAAAGAAUGGGAAAGGUAUUUCCAUGAACUCUACGGUGACACAGUAACAAGCCAACCCACAGAACAGAAACAAGAAAAUAUAUCUGGGGAAGGAGAAGACAUCCAACAACAAUUGAUAUCAAAAGACAAAAGUGAAGCAACAAUGCGCAAGAUGAAAAACAGGAAAUCACCAGGGCUGGAUAAUAUUAAUAACGAGCUUCUUAAAUAUGGUGGCAAUGAAUUAAUAGACCAAAUGCAUGUCAUGUUCAACAAGAUAUACGACCAGAGAAAAGUACUAGAGGAAUGGAAAGUAAGCAUAUCGAUCCCCGUCUUUAAAAAGGAAAAGAAAGAUCCAAAUAAUUAUAGAGGUAUCAGCCUCCUAAGCACGACUUCAAAAUUACUAAUAAAUAUUAUUACAGAAGAAAUCUCAAGUAGCGGCAUGAGCGAAGAACAACAGGGAUUUAGACAAAAUUGA